AUGGAGGUCGGCGGCGCUGCGAAGGCGGGAGACGAGCUGCUGCCGGCCAGCAGCCGCGACGGCGUCGAAGAAAACGAAAGCGAAGACGGCCGAAAGGAGGAGGAGGAAGAAGAGAAGGAGACGAAGAACGAAGAAGGCGGAGACAAGGAGGAGGAGGAGGGAGAGGAAGGAGCGGAGCAGGAUGACAGCAGCAACCACCUUAACAACGACGAGGGCGCUGGCGUCAAGAAGGAGGAGGAGGAGGGCGAGGGAGACGAGCGGCCCAAGAAGGGCCAGAGGGGCAAGAAGCCGCGAGUCCGCGAGUGGGAGAAACUCGUCCUCCACAACGACUUUUGCUUGGGGCGAAGCACGACGAGUCGGAGUACGAUCACGAGCGUGCUGGCGGGUCUGACGAAGAGCGAGGAGGAGCGGCGGAAGCAGAACGAGGUCAUCGCCGCCAAGGAGCGAGAGCUGCGAAGACAGCAGCGAAGACAGAACCGACCCCUCGUCGACUCAACUCUCAUCCCUACGCAAACGGUGGUGUUGUUUGUGCGGAGGGACUUCAACAAGCAGCUGGCCGAGCACCUCAAGAAGCAGGCCAGGGACAAGUAG